UGUCGUCUUUUCAACGGCCAUUAAACGUCCAAAUGUUUGCUGGUGGGUUAGUCUACCUAUAUUUCCUAUAUUGGUUCGUUAAAAAAUUGAUACAAAGCAAUUUCAAGGGGAAAUUAGAAGGAAGAGAAACACAUACAGCAAUACACAUUAAGAAGCAUCGAUUUUAGGGGAGUUACUAAAGCUUUACCAUCCUCCGCCGUGACUUUUAUUAUGGUGCUUGUUUUCUACGACCAACCGGAACAAGCCUUUUGUGAUGGUCAGGAUUUAAAUACCUCUACAAAGCCAAUAGGAGUAAAUACCGUUCAAAAAUGAACCGAAUUUUCGGUCGGAGCAAACAGACGCCUUCUCCCAACCUUUCUGACUGCAUAGGCAAUACAUGGAUGUACUGUGGAUGCUGUGUGGUGUUCCCGUUAUAGGUGGAUACGAGGAUCGAGUCAAUCGAUAAGAAAAUAGCGAGAAUCGACGCAGAGUUAAUGAAGUAUAAGGACCAGAUGAAAAAGAUGAGGGAUGGACCCUCAAAAAAUACAGUGAAACAGAAGGCGAUGAGAGUGCUGAAACAAAAGAGAAUGUAUGAGGGUCAAAGAGAUCAGCUUUCCCAGCAGUCCUUUAAUAUGGAACAAGCCAACUAUACGAUCCAGUCACUAAGAGACACCAAAACCACAGUGGAGGCUAUGAAGAUUGGAGCAAAAGAAAUGAAAAAAGCAUAUAAACAAGUGAAGAUGGAUCAGAUUGAAGACCUGCAGGAUCAACUGGAAGACAUGAUGGAAGAGGCCAACGAGGUGCAGGAAGCUCUUAGUCGCAGCUAUGGCACACCAGAGAUCGAUGAGGAUGAACUGGAAGCAGAGUUGGAUGCUCUGGGAGAUGAGUUACUGCUGGAUGAUGACAGCUCUUACUUAGACGAAGCCUCGGCUGCACCAUCCAUUCCUGAAGGAAUUCCCAGUGACACUAAAACCAAUAAGGAUGGCGUUCUGGUCGAUGAGUUUGGCCUGCCACAGAUCCCUGCCACAUAAGAAUCUGUUCUCUGAUCAGUGUUUUAUUUAUAUACGAUGGAGGAAGUUGUUUGUGCUGGUAAAUGGUAUUGAACAUGUUUUGUUGUACUCAUUGCCCAGUCUAGCACUUGGUAUUGUAACUAACUGUUUUUCUUACAUGUUUAACUUGAUCACAUGAAGCAUAAUUUUUCACUUUAAAUUAGAAUUUGGUCAUGUAAACAUGUUAGCCUGAUUGCCAAUGGGCCACGUACACACUGACAACUGGUUGUCAUUUGAGUCCUUAAUACAGUUACAUUCACACACAGUACGGUUAUUUACGGGAGUGACACCCACAUUGAUUCUAUAACCAAACUCAGACCCUUAAUAUUCAGAACUUUCUCGGAAAAUUCGUGCUGUGUGAACGGAACCGGACAGUGCGAGAGAGCUGCUAUGCUAAGGGGUUUCACUUUCGGUAACUUACAGCGACGGAGAUAUGAGCUGUGUGUGUCAUCUGAAGGUUUUAGAUCCAGUCAUUAUUCCCCACCGGAGCCGCUUCCAUCAGUUUUGUGUUCUAUUCGCGACUCAAGUGUCGUGUCAUGCCCAAGACGCUGCAAAGGACGUGAGACGCGAGUACAGCGGUUAAAGUUGUCCGGCUAAUGUAACGCCUGUUUACAUUGGAGCAGCUGUCGGUUAAUGAAGAUUUGAUGGACGAACUCGCAGCUCAGUUGGACUCUGUCUUGACGAAAUUGAUAAGACUUUUCAGUUUUAUGGACGUCGCCAUCUUUGAUAUUACUUUGGUCUCUGUCGCCAUGGUUAUUAGAGAAUACGGACUUGACUCUCGUUACACGUUCAUACCGUAUUCGAGAAGUUGCUGUGUGAACAGGACAUUUCGAUUCUCAAACCUGUAAGUAAAUGUGGUUGUCAAUCCCAAAAACUGACAGUGUGAACGUAGCCAAUGAGAUUAGUUUUUAGAAAUUCAAAUAAGAUAGUUACCUUUAAUUUGAAUUUUAGGUCACCUACUAUGGAUUUCCAAUGUUACCUGAACAUACCUUUAUAUCAAUGCAUGUCCUAACAAAAGUAAUUCUUCUGGAUGAUAUGAGAUCCUAACAGUUACUAAAGUCAAGCUACUGAAACAUUUUUUUUUUUUUUUGUACAAGCAAAUUACAAAUAUUAAAACAUCCCACUCUUGUGUGUUGUUAAUGACAUACAAACACAUAAUAUUCCACAAUAUAGCCAUUUCUAAUUUCAAUAAUAUUUUUUACAGUUAAUAUUAAUGUCUACGCCCUUGCUUCACAAUGGACUCUGAAGUUUGCUGACAUGUUGACAGAAUUAUCGUUGACACUGAUCAAGUAUUUCAAGUCCAUAGUUCUGGGUUGCAUGAAUGAAGAACCUGCCUGGAGGAGCAAUGUAAAGAAAGCCAUCAACUGCUCUGAAUAUUGCUUGCCUUAAAUUAUUAAAAUGACCUGGUUUUCUUGAUGAUAAUAAAGUUCAUUAACGGAUAUA